UGCCCGUCGCCACUGCCCCCAGGCAGCUGAGCUGAGGAGAUGUGCCACACCACCCAGGACCGUUCUGCACUGCACCCCUGUGUGGCGGCCCCAGUGAUGGCUCCCUGGCCUCCCCUUGGCCUCCACCUCCUGCUGCUGCUGCUGCUGUCCCCACCGCCACUGUCCUCGACUUGGGUCCAUCGCUUUUCCGCACCCAACACCACCUUCAACCACUUGGCACUGGAGCCGGGCCAGGGCACGCUCUACGUUGGUGCAGUCAACCGCCUCUUCCAGCUCAGCCCCGAGCUGCAGCUUGAGGCUGUGGCUGUCACUGGCCCUGUCAUCGAUAGUCCCGACUGCGUGCCUUUCCGUGACCCAGCCGAGUGCCCGCAGGCCCGGCUCACUGAUAAUGCCAACCAGCUACUGCUCGUGAGCUACGUGGCCCGUGUCUGCCUGGGGGACACCAACCUUUACUCCUACGUGGAGGUGCCCCUCACCUGCCAGGGCCAGGGCCUCAUCCAGGCUGCCUCCCUUGCCCCGGGCACCUUGCUAGGGGCAUUUGCUGCAGGCCCGAGGGGGGCACAGGCGGCCCUGUGCACCUUUCCUCUGGCCCAGCUGGACAGGAGCAUGGAGCAGGCACGGAGGCUUUGCUACACGGCAGGCGGCCAGGGCCCCAGUGGCACGGAGGAAGCCACCGUGGAGUAUGGUGUCACGUCGCGUUGUGUCACCCUGCCCCCUGACUCCCCUGAGUCAUACCCCUGUGGUGACGAGCACACUCCCAGCCCCAUUGCUGGCUGCCAGCCCCUGGAGGCCCAGCCCGUGCUGCAGCUUGGGCAGCCCAUCAGUGCCGUAGCAGCCCUCCAGGCAGACGGGCACAUGAUAGCCUUCCUGGGGGACACCCAGGGCCAGCUACAUAAGGUCUUUCUCAAUGGCUCCCAAGGCCAGGUGUACCACUCCCAGCAAGUGGGGCCUCCAGGCUCGGCCAUCAGCCCAGACCUGCUAGUGGACAGCAGUGGUGGCCACCUCUAUGUCCUGACUGCCCAGCAGGUGGACCGAGUACCCGUGGCAGCCUGCCUCCAGUUUCCGGACUGCACCAGCUGCCUCCAGGCCCGGGACCCACUGUGCGGCUGGUGCGUCCUCCAGGGCAGGUGUACCUGGAAGGGCCAGUGCGAGCGGGCAGCCCAGCCGACCCAGUGGCUGUGGAGCUACGUGCAGCACAGCCGCUGCCUGCACAUCCAGAGCCUGCUGCCGGCCCACCACCCCCGCCAGGAGCAGGGCCAGGUCACCUUGUCUGUCCCCCACCUGCCCACCUUGGCUAUGGACGAAUACUUCCAUUGCGCUUUUGGGGACUAUGAGAGCUUGGCUCACGUGGAAGGGCCCCACGUGGCCUGCGUCACCCCUCCCCAAGAUCAGGUGCCGCUUACCCCUCCAGGCACAGACCACGUCACCUUGCCCCUGGCCCUGAUGUUCGAGGACGUGGCUGUGGCUGUUGCCAACUUCUCCUUCUACGACUGCAGCGCUGUCCAGGCCUUGGAGGCGGAUGCCCCGUGCCGCACCUGUGUGGGCAGCCUCUGGCGGUGCCACUGGUGCCCCCAGAGCAGCCACUGUGUGUAUGGCGAGCACUGCCCAGAGGGUGAGAGGACCAUCUACAGCGCCCAGGAGGUGGACUUCCAGGUGCGUGGCCCAGGGGCUUGCCCCCAGGUCGAGGGCCUGGCAGGUCCCCGCCUGGUGCCUGUGGGCUGGGAGAGCCAUUUGGCCCUGCAUGUGCGGAACCUUCAACAUUUUCGAGGCCUGCCUGCCUCCUACCACUGCUGGCUGCAGCUGCCCGGGGAACUGCAGAUGCUGCCAGCCUCCCUAGAGGAGACAGCAGGGGACAUGGGCGUCAUCCAGUGCCAGGCCCAACAGUUCCACCCCUCCAUGUCCCAGCGGGAGCUCCCAGUGCCCAUCUACGUCACCCGGGGUGAGACCCAGAGGCUGGACAACACCCAAACUCUUCAUGUGAUCCUGUAUGACUGCGCCGUGGGCCACCCUGACUGUAGCCACUGCCAGGCUGCCAAUGGGAGCCUGGGCUGCCUGUGGUGCAGGGAUGGCCAGCCUGCCUGUCGCUACGGGCCACUGUGCCCACCAGAGGCCGUGGAGCUGCUGUGCCCCAUGCCCAGCAUUGAUGAGAUUGAGCCCCUGACUGGUCCCCCAGAGGGUGGCUUGGCCCUCACCAUCGUGGGCUCCAACCUGGGCCGGGCCUUUGCCGACGUGCAGGAUGCUGUGAGCGUGGCUGGCCGGCCCUGCAGCCCCGACCCCUCUCUCUACCGCACCUCGGCCCGGAUUGUGUGUGUGACAUCUCCCGCCCCCAAUGGCACCACCGGGCCCGUCCAAGUGGCCAUUAAGAGUCGACCGCCAGGCCUCUCGACCCAGCACUUCACCUACCUGGACCCUGUUCUGCUGAGCCUGAGUCCUCGGUGGGGCCCUCAGGCAGGGGGCACCCAGCUCACCAUCCACGGGCAGCACCUGCAGAUAGGAGGCAACAUCAGUGCCUUUGUGGGCGGCCAGCCCUGUCCCAUCCAGGAGCCAGUGUGUCCUGAGGCCAUCGUCUGCCGCACCAUGCCCCAGGCUGCCCCAGGAGAGGCGGUGGUCCUUGUGGUCUUUGGCCAUGCCCAGCGCACGCUGCUUGCCAGCACCUUCCACUACACUGCCAAUCCCCAGCUCGUGGCGGCGGAGCCCAGCGUCAGCUUCCGGGGGGGUGGGCGGCUGAUCCGUGUCAGGGGCACGGGCCUGGACGUGGUGCAGAGGCCCCUUCUGUCUGUGUGGCUGGAGGCUGAGGCAGAGUUGCAGGCUUUGGGGACCCAGCCCCAGGACCCAAACCCGAUGAGGAGCUGUGGGGUCCCUGCUGCAGACCCCCAGGCUUGCAUCCAGCUUGGGGGGGGCGUGCUGCAGUGCUCCACCGUCUGCUCCGUCAACUCGUCUGCCCUCCUCCUGUGCCGAAGCCCCGCUGUGCCAGAUGGGGCCCGCCCACAGCGGGUCUUCUUCGCCCUAGACAACGUGCACGUGGACUUCACCAGCGCCAGUGGGGGCCAGGCCUUCCUGUACCAGCCCAACCCCCGCCCGGCCCCCCUGGCCCCCCUCAGUCGCGAGGGGCCCACCCGCCCCUACCGCCUCAAGCCAGGCCACGUCCUGGAUGUGGAGGGCGAGGGCCUCAACCUGGGGAUCAGCAAGGAGGAGGUGCGUGUGCACAUCGGCAAUGGCGAAUGCCUGGUGAAGACGCUCACGCUCACCCACCUGUACUGCCAGCCGCCCCCGCGCGCCCCCCAGCCCGCCAACGGCUCCAGUGCCCUGCCACAGUUCGUGGUGCAGAUGGGCAACGUGAGGCUGGCCCUGGGCCCCGUCCAGUACGAGGCUGAGCCCACGCUGUCUGCCUUCCCCGUGGAGGCCCAGGUGGGCCUGGGCAUGGGAGCAGCCGUGCUGAUCGCCGCCGUGUUCCUCCUCACCCUCAUGUACAGACACAAGAGCAAGCAGGCCCUGCGGGACUAUCAGAAGGUGCUGGUGCAGCUAGAGAACCUGGAGACCGGUGUGGGAGACCAGUGCCGCAAGGAGUUCACAGACCUGAUGACCGAGAUGACCGACCUCAGCAGCGACCUGGAGGCCAGCGGGAUCCCCUUCCUGGACUACUGCACUUAUGCCGAGCGCGCCUUUUUCCCUGGCCGCGGAGGCUGCCCGCUGCAGCCUGAGCUCCAAGGGCCCGGGGAAGAGGGCCGCCGUGCCACCGUGCGCCAGGGCCUCACGCAGCUCUCCCACCUGCUCAACAGCAAGCUCUUCCUCCUCACGCUUAUCCACACCCUGGAGGAGCAGCCCAGCUUCUCCCAGAGGGACCGCUGCCAUGUGGCUUCACUGCUGUCCCUGGCUCUGCACGGCAAACUUGAGUACCUGACCAACAUCAUGAGGACUCUGCUUGGUGACCUAGCGGCCCAUUACGUGCACAAGAACCCCAAGCUCAUGCUGCGCAGGACAGAGACCAUGGUGGAGAAGCUGCUCACCAACUGGCUGUCCAUCUGCCUCUAUGCGUUCCUGAGGGAGGUGGCUGGUGAGCCACUGUACAUGCUCUUCCGGGCCAUCCAGUACCAGGUGGACAAGGGUCCUGUGGAUGCUGUGACAGGCAAGGCAAAACGAACCCUGAAUGACAGCCGCCUGCUGCGGGAGGACGUGGAAUUCCGGCCCCUGACUCUGAUGGUGCUGGUGGGCCCUGGGGCUGGCGGGGCUGCAGGGAGCAGCGAGGUGCAGCGUGUGCCGGCCCGGGUGCUCGACACGGACACCAUCACCCAGGUCAAGGAGAAGGUGUUGGAUCAAGUCUACAAGGGCACCCCCUUCUCCCAGAGGCCCUCAGUGCAUGCCCUAGACCUUGAGUGGCGCUCAGGCCUAGCUGGUCACCUAACCUUGUCAGAUGAGGACUUGACCUCAGUGACCCAGAACCACUGGAAGAAACUCAACACCCUGCAGCACUACAAGGUCCCAGAUGGAGCCACAGUGGGGCUCAUCCCUCAGCUGCACAACAGCAGUGCCAUCUCCCAGAGCCUGGCCCAGAGCUGCCCCUCCGGAGACAACAUCCCCAUGCUGGAGGACGGCGAGGAGGGCGGGGUCCGCCUCUGGCACCUGGUGAAGGCCACCGAGGAGCCAGAAGUGGCCAAGGCACGGCGCAGCAGCCUGCGGGAGCGGGAGCGGGAACGGGUGCGGGCCAAGGCCAUUCCAGAAAUCUACCUCACCCGCCUGCUCUCCAUGAAGGGCACACUGCAGAAGUUUGUGGAUGACACCUUCCAGGCCAUCCUCAGCGUGAACCGGCCCGUGCCCAUCGCCAUCAAGUACCUGUUUGACUUCCUGGACGAGCUGGCAGAGAAGCAUGGCAUAGAGGACCCGGAGACACUGCACAUCUGGAAGACUAACAGCCUGCUGCUGCGCUUCUGGGUGAAUGCCUUGAAGAACCCACAGCUCAUCUUCGAUGUGCGGGUGUCGGACAACGUGGACGCCAUCCUUGCAGUUAUUGCCCAGACUUUCAUCGACUCCUGCACCAUCUCAGAGCAUAAAGUGGGCCGGGACUCCCCAGUGAACAAACUGCUCUACGCCCGGGAGAUCCCUCGCUACAAGCAGAUGGUGGAGAAGUACUACGCGGACAUUCGCCAGAGCUCUCCAGCUAGCUACCAGGAGAUGAACUCGGCUCUGGCUGAGCUCUCUGGGAACUACACCUCUGCUCCCCACUGUCUGGAGGCUCUGCAAGAACUUUACAAUCACAUUCACAGGUAUUACGACCAGAUCAUUAGUGCCCUAGAGGAGGACCCUGUGGGCCAGAAGAUGCAGUUGGCCUGCCGCCUGCAGCAGAUUGCCGCCCUGGUAGAGAACAAAGUGACCGAUCUGUGAGCUUGGGCCAGCUUAGAAAGCAGCAAGCAGGAACUGCCACCGCAGUGCCUUAUGACCCCUGGACUGAGCCAGUGACAAAGGAGGGGCCAGCAGAGCCUGGAGGUGCCGGCGUACAGGCAGGCGCCGUGCCCAGCAGUGGGCUCCCUGCGAGCCGCCUCCCACCCCAGCCCACCAGCCUUUCCCCAACUGGGCUUGUUUCUAAUUUAUAACAGUCCCUGCCCUUCCACCACCCCCGCCCCCCACUGUAUUUAUUUGCUUGCUAGAGAAUCACAUCUGGAAAUGAAACAGAAAUACAUCUUUUUAGAAAAGG